GUGAGAGGUUGGUGGAGUGACACAUGGAUUUUACGAAGGCAAAGAUUUUGAGGAAAUGAUCUGUUCAAAUUUUAUUUUAAUUUUAUUUUAUUUACUGGCAACCACAGCGCACCAUUGGGUGUAGAACAUAGUGUGAAUAACAUUUUCGGAACAUUUGGUAUCAUAAUAAUCAUUACAAAUAUAUUGUUGGUCAUUCAUCAUAUCUUAAAAGAAAUGCCGUAAAUGUGAAUUUGUAUAGGAUAAAUUAUCAUUCACUAAUUUAAGAAGGAAACUAGAAAAUAAUUCGAGAAAGGGGCGUGGCUGACGUCAGACCUGUCGGUAGUUGGCUCUUGAAUUGAGUGAAGCUGGCGUAGUUUCGAUACGCCACGGUGCACAUUAAACAUAUUUAAUGAUAUUGAAUACAUUAUAUAAUUCCACGAAGGAAGCGAGCGUUUCCUUUUGAAACUAUUCUGACUUGUAUUAGUAAUGAAACGUUAAAAGUGAGCAUAAUGAUCUUUCUUCUAAUCGGUUUUAAUCGACGCUAAUCGACGCCACAGCAGAAUCGAAUUUUUCCCACCUGGCACAGAUCGCCUAAUUCGAAAAGAUGGCGGAUUCAGUAGAGACAGCUGUGUUGGAAGUUUCUUCAGAGUACAAAACGUCAGUCAUGAAAAAACAAGACAGUAAAGAGACUGAUAUAAUGUCAAAUUGCAGUGCUUCCCUCGAAGGCUCAGUGGUAGCCUCUCCGUCUAUUGAAAGUUUUUCAACCUUACCUGAUCAGGACAUGUCAGAAUUUGGGCUGGAUUCCCGUGAUCUGCAAGUGAAAGUUGAUAACCCACAAAAACACCUUGAAACAUUAGAGACAUAUAUAACUUUCAGAAUUACAACAAGGACGUCUAGAGCUGAAUUUGAUGAAACAGAAUAUGUUGUGCGCAGGCGAUACAACGACUUCGUUUGGCUUCGACAGAAACUAGUAGAUGCAUUUCCUACUCACUUAAUUCCACCUUUACCUGGAAAACACACUCUUCUGGCACAGUUGGAUCGCUACUCAAAGGAGUUCAUAAUUGCUCGUAUGGCCUUGCUACAUCGAUUCCUAAAUCGAGUCGCCAAUCAUCCAGUGCUGAGUUGCAACCAAAGUGUAAAAGUGUUUUUAACUGCCAAGCCAUCUGAAUUUGCUAUUCAUCGUAAAAGCCGUCAAGGAUUACUUGGAAGAAUGUCCAGUUCUUUUCACAACUUAGCUGCUGUGUACAUGAUGCGACAAAGGCCUGCUGAAUUUGAUCAAGUGCGAGAUUAUGUUGCAACAUUAGGAGAUAAAUUGCUGAGUGUGGAGAAAGUGAGCCAAAGAAUUCAGAAAGAGAGACAAGAUUAUUUGUAUGAACUUCAUCAAAUGCAUCCAAUAUAUACCUUGUGGUCUGCAUCUGAACCAGAAUUAAGCCCAGCUUUGCUAGCUAUGGCUUCUGCUGUGGAACGAAAUGCCCAGUCCCAGCAGCAUGUGUUAGUUACAUUCACAACCACCAUUGCACAGCCAUUGAAGGAGUACCUCCUAUACAUUGAUGCUGUGAAAGAAGCAUUGGCUCGACGGGACUCAGUGCAAAUAGAAUAUGAGCUGACUGUUGAUGAUCUAAAGAAGAAAAGAAUUGAGAAAGAACAGCUAAUGGCAAAUGAACAGCAGUCUGUGGGUGCCAGUGGAGGUGGUUUUAGCCUUGGUGGCACUUCGUUGUGGAAAAGUGCUGGUGAAAUGCGGGAGGAUAAACUGCAGAAGCUGGCCCAGUCAAUCCCUCAGCUUGUGAAACAAGUGGAGGAAAACCAAGAUAAAGUUGAAUGUGCCAAUGAGAAUCUCCGAGCUGACUUAGAACGUUGGCAUUCAGAAAAGAAGAAUGAUAUUAAAAAAUUAUUUCUGGCAUUAGCUAAUCAACAAAUUAAAUACUAUGAGCAGUGCCUUGCUGCUUGGGAGGAAGUACUACCUGAUAUUAAGGGAGGAGACAUCUCUUCGACACAGGGCAAACCUGUCCAUGUUACAAGCUAGCUAGUUUUCAUAUAAUUACCUAACAGCCCAUUAAGAAGUGAAACAAUUCUCUUGGGGCCAAAAAUUCUAGAGAAUCCUCUCACCUAUUCUUUCAAUCCUACCUUUCUCAGUGUAGAUUCAUUAUUCAUACAAUUAAAGCAUUGGAUCCGGUCCUUUCUCAUGUCAUUUAAGAAACACAUAUCUUCUCGGUCAUAUAAACAUUGUUUUUGUGCACUGUCUUCAGAAUUCCUUUUUUCUCUCCUAUUGUUAAAAUAUCAUUCAUACCGAAUAUUUAGAAACCACAGAAAACCAAUCAAAUGAAUCAAGGACCAUUAGUUUCUGUGUAUCGAAUGUUCACUUCUUAACAUGAUGCUGUUGCUGACAGUAUUUAAUCCAAAUAUAGGAAAACUCUCUAUUUAGUAGAGUGUCUAAGUGCAAUUCCUAGCUUGAAGCAUACUUAAUUUUAAUAUAAUAUUCCAUGUUGCUGUAUUUUCCUCAUACAGAAUUUUGUUGCAUUUAUUGUAGAAUUAGAAAAUAGUUGGUGUAUUUACCAAUAAUAUAAGUAAAAAUAGGCAUGUGUAUUUUCAAUAUUUAUUUUAUUUUUGUGCAGCUUUUCUUCAAUUUCUUUCCUCUUAAAUAUUAAAUCUUUAAUGCAAGAUUUGUAGUAGGGCUAGUUUUUAUUGUUAGAAAGAAUGCUUACUCAGUGAAGUGCACAUUCCAAAUGCAUUAAAUGUGGUUUUUGAAUUUACUGUAUUUUCUUAGUGCCUGUUGUUAAUGGAAAUGAAUUUCAUGUAUUCCAUAUGUUCCUACAUUUUUCUAGCAUUUUACUGAUAGCUCUCAUUUAAAUUUACUAUAAUCCAAAUGUGUAUGUGGUUUCAUAAAUUACUUUCAAUUUAUGGUAACUAAUAAUAAUGAACUUAUAACAUAUAACACAUCAUUUCUUGUUGCAGAGUAAGUAAUAUAUUGCAAUAAAAUAUGUAUAAUAGGGCAUUAAAAUGUGUGUUACCAAAUAUAAAUAGAAUUUGUUGAUCUGAGAAUUUGAGAGAUAGAUUUGUGGGACAAAGGCCCUGGAAAAGUUGGCUGUGUGCAAAUUGAUCUGGUGCUGGGGCAGUGCAGCUUAAUGUGGUAUUGUUUCAGUAAUUGCAAAAUCAUGUGUCACAUAGUUAUCUGUUAAUGUAGUAAUGAAAAUGUGUAGUGUGCUUUCAACACUUCAGUAAAAUAGAUAUUUGAAUGCUCUCAGAUAUUUUUUAAAAAUAAUCUGAUUUUCCUGCAGGAAUAAAGGUAUAUAUAAAAAACUAAUGAUAUUGCUUGAUGCUGAUGAAAAAGUUGGUGUUGUACUCUUAGAUAAUUGGCAGAACUAGUACUAAAUGUACGAUAUUACAAACUGCUAGCUCAUUUCAUUUUUCCUCCUUUUGCAUGUAAAUAAUGGGAAUUUUCUCAACCAAUUUCGGAUAUAUUUGUUGUAGUACUCAUAAAUUUUAUUUCAUUAAUUUUUUUCCUUUGCAAGAAAAAACCUCUGAACACAUUGAAACUUUAUUUUUUAGAUAUUUGUAUAAUAUGUAAUGAUCUAAGUGUAAUUAGAAUAUAAAACCUAUUUUGAUAAAGGGUUUGAAGAGUAGAGAGAAAUUCAUGGAUUAAGGGUUGUGAGAAAGUUUCUAUCAGAUGAGUACAUUAUAUUUAUUUUCAUUCUUUUUAAGUUUUUGAGCAGCUUGUGAAAGGCAGAUUUGAAAUGAGGUAGGUUGAAUAGAUGCACUUUCAGUGAAAUAAGCAUUAUAAUUUAAUAUAUUGUUGAUGACUUCAAACUUUGCUUUAGUGGCAAUAAUGUAUUUAUAAUUAUAGAUCUUGCAGAUGCACUGUGCUCAACAUAUGUAAUCUUCAAAUUUUGAAAAUCUUUUCUGUAUUUAACAGUUUUUACAUAUCCAUAAAACCCAGAAUUAGCAUUUAGUGCAUCUCCACUAUCAUAAACGUUAUUUGUUGUCUAUUAAUGGCACUUUUGUGCAGGACAAAAUCAUGGUACCUAAGCUUGUUACUUGUAAUGAAUAUUGUUUUCUAGUCUUAUAGUAAUUUAUAUUAUGUGCAUUUAUAAAACAUAAGACAAAAUGUAAUUGUGUUCUAUGUAUCUGUACCUUUUUGAAUAAAAUCCAUUGGUCCAAUAAAUGUGAAAUAUAUAUACCAUUCUUCUGCACUAUUUAUAAAAAGGUCAUUACAUAAUGGUAAUGAUGGUGUGAUCAUUACUGGUGUUACUGAUACAUAACAUUAAUAUUAAAUGGACAAAACUUUAUCUUCUCUCUCUCACAUUCAUAUUGCCAUCCGACAACGAAAUUUUUGGGGAAUAAUUUCUCAAAUAUAGUGGCAUGGAAUGGCAACGCUGCAUACAAUGGUAAUAGAAAAUUAUCAUAAUAAAAGUGUAAUCAAAAUUAUCGUACUCAAUUUUUCUUUUAUAUUGCAUUUAAAUCAUAUUUUUACAAGAGAAAUUUAACUGGACUAAUUUCAAUUAAGAUUUGCAGAUUUGUUGUUAAAAAAUACAUCAAUACUUUGGAAAUACAAAUUGUAGAAAGGAGA